AACUAUUUUAAUCUGGCCUUUAAAAGAUGCACAAAGUGAUAUUCUGGAGAAAGGUUGUCAACAAAAGAUAAGAUUAAAAAAUAGAGCAGAUUGCAAUGUUUUGCAAAAAAAAAAAAAGAUUUAAAAAAUGAAAUGGCAGCUGCAUUGUAUCUACUUUUUAAACUUCAAAGUGAUGCUGCAGCCCAGAAUGCAAGAGGGGUUUAAGAAUAAAGAUGUGUUUAAAGUCUGUCCAAAAAGUUUGCCCUACCUCUUGCAAAAACUGCAGAAACAAGCCUUUGUAUGACCUCAGUUCUUGAAGGUGAGCUUGAGCGGAUUUACUUUGCUUAUCAGGUAAAUAGGUGGUCUGGUGUUUGCAAAUUUUGUGGUGCUGCUGGCGGAAAAGUGAUUUGCAAGCAGCUUGGAAUGGCUGAGCUGUCACGCUGCCCUGAGAGACGAACAGUAAAGUCUCAUCCUGCCCGACCUGUGUCAAUGCAAAUACUGUUCUACCACUACCUGUGGUUUGGUUUGAUGCAAAUUGAAUGCUAACAUAUAAAUCCCUGUGAGAGACCUCUUGAACGCAAGGGUUUCCCUCAUCUUGUGCAUAAUGCACACAGCUCCAUGUCGUGAUUAAUUGUUAACAGAGCAAAAAAACUUGUGAAUUGAGCACAUCGGAGGAGCCAGGAGCCAGAGAGGAUAAGCAGAGACCUUGUGUUGGAUUCAGAGGGAUAAAAAGCUUCAUCAGAUGGGAAAGAGGCUUCAUUUGAGGUAUAAAUGGAAGCCUGCACAGAUCAUUGGAAUCUUAUUUAAGUUUGGUUUUGCAUCUGCUUUAUGUUGCUCAAACGCUAAAUGUGUGACUCUUUCCUGCAGGCUCCUCUGACAGUGUGACGGAUUCUCUCAUCUGGUUUGGAGCGCAUGCAGAACAUUUUACCUGCUUGUCAUCUCUGAACAGAAAAAAACGACAGAUGCAUUAAACCCAGCAGUUCCGAUUGCACAUCUGCAGAGGGUUAGGAUUAUUACAAACAUGUUCGGAUUGAGCAAAUUGACAGUUUGGGUUUUUACAGGUUUGGUGGCUGUGCUAACCAUCUUCUUCAACUCUUACAUCUUUCUCGUGAGUCUGUGGCGUCAAAAAGACAAAAAGCAGAGAAGCCCAAGUGAUGUCAUCAUCAUAGCUCUGUCAGUAUCUAAUACAAUUUAUCAGCUGGUGUCCUACAUCUGGAUGACCAUGGAUAUAAUAGAUGUUAGGUGCCGUAUUGACCAGAUGUUCUACACCAUUCUGCUGCUGGUCAUCAUGAGUUUAAAGUUCACCAUCUUAUGGGACACCAGCUUCCUUGCCUUCUACUAUAGCACCAAAUUGGUCAGCACGCCAAAUCACUGCUACACACAGAUCAACACUGCCAUCCUCAAGCAUGUGACUCUAGUAGUUUGUCUCAUCGCUCUGACGGGCCUGGCCACCUGCAUCCCAGUGCUCUUCGUGUUCCACCCCAACAACCAAACCGCUGUGAAUAAGGAUUGUGGGAUUUUAAUGCCCGAUUCCACAGCUGGAGAAAUUUACAACAUCACUUUUUUGCUCCUUUCGGAUGUCCUGCCGGGGCUGAUCAUGCUGAAGUGCUGCGUCUCAAUCUCCUUCCAUCUGGGCAUGCAUCUCCACCGCAUGAAAGCCAGCACCAAUGGCGCACACCCCCCAAAGCUUGACAGUCAAAUGAGGGUAAUCCAGAUGGCUCUGUCUCUGGUCAUCAACUUCCUCAUCUUUCUCAUGGCUGAUCUGUACGUGAACUACCAGAUCGUUGUGAACAAUGACAGCUUAGUAGGGAUCGCAAUUUUGGACAUGUCAACUUUUGCUGCUGUUACAGCUGCAGUGCUCAUCUAUGGAAAGAAGACUCUUUGGAAAGCUCUGAUCCAUGAGAUUAACAGCUGUUUGGAUGAGUAUCCAUGUUUGUUCUUCCUAAAAUUGCGAGAAAAAAAGGCAGAGGCACCCAAAACUCCUGAAAAAGACAUGUGAAAAGUUCUUUGAUUGUCUGGAGAGGGUUUUUCUUUUGCAAUCAGCUAUUUGAAAGCUAUUCAAAAAUUUGAAUAACUUUUUCCUUCAUCUUUCCUGUAAAAGCAAAAAAAAACAUAGUAAUGUUGUCUUCAAGAAUAGCUUUAGUUUGCUGGACCUGUGAGGUAUUCAGGCUGCAAGCUUGCUAAUGGCAGAAAAGGUAGAUGCUCAAAGCAGCGAGGUGACUGGCGUGUAAUGCAAAUCACAGCCAUAUCAAACCGCACCUGAUGAAUAUUAAUAUUUUAGCGGUACAAAUAAUAGACAGGCCCACAAAAUGUAUCUCCAAGCAUGGUUGCAU